AUGAGUGAUCGCAGCUUCCGAGUCGGCGUCGGCGGGAUGAUCCAGGAGUCGCACUCCUUCUCGCCGGCCAGCUCGUCCCUGGAGCGGUUCCGCUCCGGGCUCUACCUGCGCGGGCGGGAAGUCUUCGACACGCUCGGGAGCUGCCGGCACGAGGUGGCAGGGGGGCUGAGCGAGUUGCGCGAGGCGGCCGUGCCGCUGUUCUUCGCCUUCGCGGCCUCCUCCGGACGGCCGCUGGACGAUCCCACCUACUGCCAUCUACAGGCCGAGUUGCUGGGCGCCAUUCGCGACGCCGGCCCCCUCGACGGAUUGCUGCUGGUCACGCACGGAGCGAUGGUCACCGAGGCGGACGACGACGGCACCGGCCGCCUGUAUGCCGCGAUCCGCGAGUUGGUCGGCCCGGACCUGCCGAUCGUGGCCACGAUCGACUGCCACGCCAACGUCACGCAGCGCAUGGUCGACCUCACAGACGCGAUGGUCUUCUACCACACGCAGCCGCACGUCGAUCACGUCGAGACCGGCGCCCUCGGCGCGCGCAUCCUCACGGGAAUCCUGCACGGCGGCCCCCGGCCGGCGAAGGCGUUCCGCUCCCUGCCGAUGGUGCUGCCGGGCGAGAACGGCAACACCACCGGCGGCGCGUUCGAGCCGGUGAUGCGCGAGGUCGGCCGCCGAGGAGCGGCCCGGCGUCCUCUCCGCCGGUGCGUGCGCGGUGCAGCCGUGGAUGGAUCUGGCCGAGCGGCCGCGCCCGGCGACGGCACGUUCGUCUUCGGCGACAGCGCGGACGCGCCGGGAUCGGGCGCCACCGGCGACAGCACGGCGCUGCUGCGGGCGCUGCUCGACGCCGGCUUCCGGCGCACGGCGCUCCUCAACAUCGUCGACGCCGCGGCCGUCGAUGCUGCGGAAGCGGCCGGCGUCGGCGCGCAGGUGCGCCUGACGAUCGGCGCCUCGCUCGACCGGACCUUCUACCAGCCGGUGCCGAUCGUCGCGCGCGUCGCGGGGCUCGCCCCCGGCCGCUUCCGGCAUGAGACCGCGGCCAACACCGGGUUCCCGUUCGACCUGGGCGGCGUCGCGGUGCUGGAGGUGGGAUCGAUCUCGAUCAUGGCGAUGCGGCGCGCCGUCGUGCAGUGGGACCCGGAGAUGUACCGCUGCGCGGGCCUGGAGCCGACGACGUUCCGGGUCGUGCAGGUGAAGUCGCCCGGCGGAUUCCGCAACGCCUACGGGCCCCUGGCCGACCGGAUCUUCAUCGUCGACCUGCCCGGCCUGUGCAGCCCCGACUUCUCGCUGUUCCCGUGGAAGCGGGUGCGCCGGCCGAUCUUCCCGCUCGACGACAUCCGCGAGCCCGAGCCCUGGCGGGCGGCGGGCUGA